UAUUCGCGCGAUAAACCUCACAAAAAUUCUUUUCGUUGUCGUCACCUUCUGUGUUCGCUGCCUCCGUUUCUCUAGGGUUUCGCCUGAGCAAAUCAGGUCAAACCUCCGGAUCUCAAGAGGUACAUGGAUGAGCAAUUACAGAGUGUGUCAAAUUGUUAUGUAUUUAAAAGUCGGUUGCAAGAGUAUGCUCAAAAAGCAGGACUCACAACACCUAUUUAUCGUACAAUCAAGGAAGGCCCUUCGCACCAGCCAUUAUUUAGGUCAACUGUGGUCGUAAAUGAUGAAAGUUACCAUUCUCUGACUGGAUUUUUGAAUCGCAAGGCGGCUGAACAAUCUGCUGCUGAAAUUGCUCUCAUUGAAAUUGCCAAAUCUGGGGCCACAGACAAAAGCGUUUCUCAUCCCGUGCAUGAAACGGGAUUAUGCAAAAAUCUACUUCAAGAAUACGCACAAAAGAUGAACUACGCUAUUCCAUCCUAUAUCUGCACAAAGGACGAGAAAAAGGGCAGAGAAUCCCCGUUUUCUUGCACAGUCGACAUAGGAGGAAUCAAAUACAUAGGUGCAUCAGCCAAGACAAAGAAGGAAGCCGAGCUUAAAGCCGCAAAAACCGCACUUUUAGCUAUACAGAUGAGCGCACCUGAACCUAAUGGAAAACCUGACACACCCGAUACAGAAUCCAUAUAUACGGUGGUCCCCACCAAACGGAAGGCACCUGAGCGGCCCGUGGUGGAAACCGAGGAAAAAGUGAAAACGAAUAAAAGGAAAAAAAGCCGGUUUCACAAACGACGGAAGAAGAAAGUUGAAGCAUCGGGUGACGUUGAGGUCAAAACGAAUGAUCCUUCUGCUGCGGAAGUCAAUGAUUUGAAGUCAAACGGAGGAAGCGUUUUGGUAGGGUGUGGUAAUCCGGGUUCAGUCUUAGAGUAGGAAUCAUUGUGGGGAGAUAAAAUUGGGAGAUUUGGAGUUAGAUUUAGAUGUGAUUUUAUUAUUAUAUGAAUGGAAUUGGUUGGGAUGUAGGAAGGAACGUCUUGGUGCCUUUUGAGCUUGAAGGCUCUUAAGAGUUUGUUAUUGUAACUAUUAUUACUACUUUGAUGGUGACUGGUUGGUAUGCAAUGGAAUCUCGGUUUAUUUUGUAGAA